CAGAACACAAAUAAAAAGUCUUCAACGACCGGAGAACAAAACAGAUCAUUCUCUGAUUUUUCAGACACAGAUUUAUCAAAGUUUGUACUUUGUUUUUAGGUUGAGAUUACACGGAGAAGAAGAAGAAGAAGAUGGAUGACGUUAAAGAUAAGCUAAAAGGGUUCAUGAAAAAAGUCAGUUUAUCUUCUUCCUCUGGCAAAUUCAAAGGCCCAGGUAGAGUUCUCGGAUCUUCUUCUUCUUCUUCAGAUCUCAGAACGGAUACUCUCUGAAUAUGUUCGAGUGUCCGAUCUGUAAAAAUGCAUUUACCUCAGAGGAAGAAGUCUCUGUUCAUGUCGAGAGCUGUCUUGGAAAUGGAAACACUAAUGGAGAAGAAUCUUCACUUGAGAAGGAUGAUAAUGAUAAGGAUAUAUCUGAAAUCGAGAAACUUGUGGUUGUGUAUCUCUCUGGGAAGCCAAGUGAGAGCUCGGUUGAUGUUUUGCUUAGGUUGUUUAAGAACAUAGUUAAAGAACCUGAGAAUGCUAAGUUUAGAAAGAUUAGAAUGAGUAACGCUAAGAUCAAAGAAGCUAUUGGUGAUGUUGCUGGAGGUGUUGAGCUUCUUGAGUUGGUUGGAUUUGAGUUGAAAGAGGAAAAUGAUGAGAUUUGGGCUGUUAUGGAUGUUCCCGGAGAAGAACAAUCGAAAUUGAUCAGUAAAGUUGUUGGAUUUCUAGAUAACAGAAAGGUUGAAUUGCCUAGAAAAGAUGAUGAGAAGUCAGUAUCUUCAGCUCAGGUUGUGGAACCAGUGGCUCCAAAGAAGAUUGAUAGAGAGAUUCGUGUCUUUUUCUCGGUUUCUGAAAACGUAGCAUCGAGAAUAGAGGUACCUGAUUCGUUCUAUAGUCUAUCAGCUGAUGAAAUCAAGAGAGAAGCAGACUUACGAAGGAAAAAGAUUGCGGAGUCUCAGCUUUUGAUUCCGAGAUCUUAUAAGGAGAAACAAGUGAAAGCGGCUAGAAGAAGAUACAAAAGAAGUAUGAUAAGAGUGCAGUUUCCUGAUGGAGUUGUGCUUCAAGGUGUGUUUGCUCCAUGGGAACCAACCAUUGCUCUCUAUGAGUUUGUGAGCUCUGCUUUGAAAGAACCGAGUUUGCAAUUCGAGCUUCUGGAUCCAGUGCUGGUUAAAAGGCGUGUGAUUUCGCAUACUCCACCCCCGGGACAGAAACCGAUAACUUUAGAGGACGAAGAACUUGUUCCGUCAGCACUCAUCAAGUUCAGACCAAUUGAAACUGACUCUCUGGUGUACACAGGUCUCUGCAAUGAACUCCUCGAGAUCAGCGAACCACUCUCGUGAUUGUUUACGUUCCACAGAAGAUUUGGCUUGAACCAUAGAAAAAAAAGUAUUUACGUUUCUCUCUUUUAAACUGUAGUUGAUGAUGAUUUUGUGAUUGUGAUUCGAGCACAUAUUAUGGACAAUUUCUGUAAGUUGCACAAUAAUAACAAUCAGAUUUGAAGACU